UUAUUCAUAAAAUUUAAUCUUCCCUCCCCUUAAAAUCAACUACAUACAAAUAUACUAAUUAAAUUGACAUAGGAAAAAGUACAAAAAAUCACGUAGUACUGACAAAUUUUUACAUAUAUUACGGAAAGAAAAUGUUUAAAACGUUCACCAAUUUUGAAUUCGCCAUCAUUGUCAGCGUUUUACCUGCUGCUUUUGUGUACCUAUGGACGUUGAUUGCCGGUGAUUUAAACAAUUUCUCCGGAAGUCGUAAGAAACUCUACAGCUACACGGCGAAAGAUAUGGUGAAUUGUUAUCAAAGUUACACUGGACACACAAAUGGAGAUGUUAAAAAAACUGACUAACUAGCAAACAUUUUUUAGUUAAAUACAGUAUUUGUACAAUUUUAGUAUGUACCGCUUUGCACACAUUUACACCGCUUUUGAAAUAUAUACAAACUAUUUUUAAAAUCGAAA